AGAGGCCGGGAGAGAGAGCCCUCCAUCCUUCCACCUCUCUCCUCCAUCUCUCUCUCUCUCCCUACGCACACGAGCAGGCGACAUGGCCCCGAAGAAAGUAGAACCCAAGAAAGUGGAACCCAAGAAGCCGGAGCCGAAGAAGGAGGAGGAACCCCCCAAGCCCGUGGAACCGUUACCGGCCAAGGAGCCCGAGCUGGACCUGAAGAGCGUGGUUCUGGAGUUCAGCCCGGACCAGAUCGAGGAGUUCCGGGACGCCUUCACCCUGUUUGACGAGACGCCGGCGGGCGAGAUGAAGAUCACCUACGCCCAGUGUGGAGACGUGAUGAGGGCGCUGGGCCACAACCCCACCAACGCAGAGGUCCUCAAGCUGCUGGGGAAGCCCAAGCCGGAGGAGAUGCACCGGGAGCUGCUAGACUUCGACACCUUCCUGCCCAUGCUGCAGCACAUCUCGCGCUCCAAGGAGCAGGGCACCUUCGAGGACUUUGUGGAGGGGCUGCGCGUCUUCGACAAGGAGGGCAACGGCACGGUGAUGGGGGCCGAGCUGCGGCACGUCCUCGCCACGCUGGGGGAGAAGAUGACGGAGGUGGAGGUCGACCGCCUGAUGGUGGGCCAGGAGGAUGCCAACGGCUGCAUCAACUACGAGUCCUUCGUCAAGCACAUCCUGUCGGGAUGACCGCUUCCUGUCUGACGGACCUCGCCUCUGCUCUGGGGUCAGCUAUUUCAUCUACGACCUUUCCCCGAUGAUCUAGUGAGGAUACAGACCAGCUGACCUGAGACCAGCCGGUCUUCUAUGACUCUUUCAUCCCCCUACCUCCCCAAACCCCCAGCUCACCCCCUCAGGACGUAACACCCCUGAUAUCUUCUCCUCUGCCAUGUAGCUAAUAAAAGUUCGACCCAA